AAUGGAAAAACUGAUAGCUGGGUAUGCUGUGAAAGAAAUGUUGAAAUAGAAAAAAUAGAUCAUUCCUGCAGAUUAGAAAUAUCUAUAAUAUGGUUGUUGGACAACAGGUAUUGCAGUAAUUGCAUUCAUGGGUCAUACAGCUUAUUUAAAAAAUAAAUAUGAGUCCAAUUAUCUAUAAAGACUUUAAGGGAAGCAAUAUUUAAGGGCAUCAUUGUAACUAUAUCUACCAAUUAUCUGUAAUUAACUGCUAGUUUCGUUUUGUUCUUAUCAUCAAGAAGUGUUUUUAUUUUCUCUCUCCUCCAUAGUCUACUUAUAUCAAUACAUAAUGGGAAUACCAUACAUUUAAUACUUAAGUGCUGCUUUUACAAUAUUAGGAUGUAUUUUGAAAUUUAAAAAUUGAGU